ACUGAUUCAUUGUUCCUUCAACUGAAUUCACUGCGCUCGCCGCUGCUACCCGUUCUGUAUCCUCCUUUUCACUGUCACUGACCCAGGAUACCUCUUUGAACCCUAUUUUGUCUUGCCCGCCAUGUCGCACUCCAAGCCCGUCCUUCCUCAAAACGACAAUGUCGCCCACGCUCUUGCCGGCGCCGGCGGCGGUGUCCUGUCCAUGGCCCUGACCUAUCCUCUCAUCACGCUAUCCACGCGUGCCCAAGUGGAAUCAAAGCGAGCCGAAACAGCCUUCCUAGCAGCCGUGCAAAAGAUCGUCGCGCGCGAGGGCGUGUCAGGCCUGUACUCAGGCCUGUCGAGCGCCCUGUUCGGCAUCAGCGUGACCAACUUUGUCUACUACUACUGGUACGAAUGGACGCGCGCCUUCUUCGAGGCCGCCGCCGUGCGGGCCGGGCGCGCCUCCAAGAAACUGACCACAGUCGAGAGCAUGAUCGCGGGCGCCAUCGCCGGUUCCGCCACCGUCAUCCUGACCAACCCCAUCUGGGUCGUCAACACGCGCAUGACGACGCGCAAGCGCAGCAGCAGCAGCGUAGACGACCAACAGCAGCAGCCUACCAAGGACGCCGCCGCGGAACAGGUCCUUCCCGGGCCCGUUCCCUCUCCAUCAUCAUCAAGGAACAAGAACCCGUCGACCCUCGGCACACUACUGACCCUUUUGCGAGAAGAAGGCCCCUCGGCCCUGUUCGCGGGGGUCGUGCCCGCGCUGGUGCUCGUCAUCAACCCGAUUCUGCAGUACACGCUGUUUGAGCAGAUGAAGAACUGGGUCGAAAAAGGCGGGCGCCGGCGCGUGACGCCGACCUUGGCGUUCUUCCUCGGCGCAAUCGGCAAGCUGUUCGCCACGUCCGUCACCUACCCGUACAUCACCGUCAAGAGCCAGAUGCAUGUUGCUGGCGCAGGGGAGAAGAAGGAGGGGGUUAGGCAGGCGAUUAAUAGGGUUAUUAAGGAGGAGGGGUAUGCCGGGUUGUAUAAGGGCAUCGGCCCCAAGGUCACGCAGAGCGUGCUGACGGCCGCCUUCUUGUUCGCCUUCAAGGAUGUGCUGUACGAAUACUCUGUUCGGCUGAGGAGAUCGGUGGCCAAGCAGGCCAUCACUGCCUGAACAUGGCUUGCUACAUAACCGGGAGACGAACAGACCGCAACCUGCGUUCCUGCGAGUUCGUAUUACUGUUAACCUUGACAGCAGAGACGCAGAAGUAAAAGCUUGGAUACCACGUGCUGGAUGGAGAGGCAUGAUUCUGCUUGUUGCGCAUAACAGCAGCGAGGGAGGGAGAAACUACCUAGGGGCUACAU